AUGGCGAAAGAAGGCAAGGAAAGGAAGCGAAAGAGGAUGGAACACGCGAAAGUCCCAGCAAGGCGAACUCUCGACGACGAGGGCGACGAGGAGAUCAGAUCCUGGAGACAGACGUCAGGGGGCAACGCGAAUGGCUCGAGUAAGAGCGGCGAUAAGGGAGCGACCAAGUACUCGAGGGGAGACAAGAAUGUGAUCCGGAAGAUUAAGGACAAGAAGCUGAAGAUGCAGAUCAAGCGAUCCGAGAGGGACAUCAGAGAAGCAGCGGCCAAGGCAGCGCGAGCUGAGAUUCUCUUGCCGGCUGAAGCAGGACACCUCGAAGCUGAAGGAAUGGAGAAGACGCACAGGUUUCAGCAGAAGGACAUCAAACAGGCGGUUGACAUCGGAAGCUCUAAGAAGAUCUACACCCUCAGGCUCGAAGAGUUCGGCCCCUACAGUUUCGACUACUCGAGGAGCGGACGUUACCUCCUGCUUGGCGGGAAGUUGGGGCACCUGGCAGUUUGCGACCUGUUGCUGGGCAACGCCAUGUGUUUCGGGACUCACGUCGAACUCUGGAAGGACGCGCUCAGCGAGCGAGCCACAUCCCCGUACAUGACCCAUCACACCAAGGCGAAGCAGUCGCUUGCUUGUCCUCCUCCAGCUGACCUUGAGCAGGGCAUGCGAGUCAAGGACGUCUACUUCCGCCCCUUCGAAGACGUCCUCGGCAUCUCUCACUCCCACGGCUUCAGCAGCAUCUUGGUCCCUGGCUCAGGAGAGCCUAACUUCGACUCCUUCGAGGCUAAUCCGUUCCAAAACAAGAAGCAGAGACGAGAAGCAGAGAUUCAUGCGUUGCUGGAGAAGUUGGAUCCCGACAUGAUUUCGCUCAACCCCAACUUCAUCGGCAACGUCGACACUUACGACAAGGACGUGAUAGCGGAGGAGAGGAGACUAGCAAGAGAGGAGAACCUGACUGAGCGCCAGCGACAGAAGAAGGAGAAGCGACAUGCCAGGGGGAGGGAUCGAGCAGGCAAGCGAUACAAGAAGAAACAGUUCAACGUGAUCGAGGAGCGGAAGGAAGACGCGAGGAGGCACAUUGCGGGCAAGAAGGAGGACAAGGAGGACAAGGAGGACAAGGAGCCGGUCGGGGUGCUCGAUCGUUUUCGCGUUAAGCUUGACUAG